AUGCCGUCAACUCACAAUACCGCCUCCGAUGUCCCGGACAUGAAUCUCUACAAGCUCAACCGGGUUCACCGCACGCUGGAUAGAUUAAAGGACAAGACGGAGUGGGAGGCAGAAGACACAAAGUCUUUUGACUGCAUGCACUACCUGGGCGACGCUGCCAUUGAAAACGCGGCUAAGCAAUUGGACCUGCAAGACGGGGACCGGUUGCUCGACAUCGGAUCCGGGUUCGGCGGGACGGGCAGAUACCUCUACCAACGCUUCCAUGUUACGACAGCUGGCAUUGAGCUGCAAGAGGAAAUCCACAACAUUGCUCAGACCAUUAACGAUAAGUCGGGCGCUGGGGCAAAUGCGACGUCCAUCAACGGGAACUUCCUCGAACUUGACUCUGGCAAAGUGGGCGCGCCGUUUGAUCACAUCGUCUCGUUCCUGUGCAUUCUGCAUAUUCCAGACCGAGAAGCCCUGUUCAAGAAAGCAAACGGUGUUCUCAAGCCAGGAGGGAAGAUGUAUAUUGAAGACUUCUUCGCCCGUACUCCUUUGGACGCCAAGACUCUCAAAGUCCUGAGGAGCUCGGUUUCCUGUCCAGACUUGCCUGAUAAAGAGCACUACAUCGCGGAGCUCGAGAAGGCUGGGUUUGAGGUCACGAGUUGGGUUGACAUGUCGACCAUCUGGACUGAUUUUGUGCAUGAGCGUGCUGGAGCCUACAAGGAAGACCCGUCAGUAGAUGCUGAUCUCACAGCAUUUUAUGAUGCCGUAGACGAAGUCUUCACUGGAGGUCAGGUUGGAGGGACACGCAUCACAUGUCAGAGGAAGUAA